AAUGAAGCCACUGCCACUGGUGCAAAGAAUUCUGGGAUGUGUGACAGUGAAAUGGAUGGAAGGACCCACAUUCCAUCUCUACUUAAUGUCCUUUUGUCCAGAAAUCGGGUCAUGCAAAUGAGCUACUUGAAAAGUAAAGAAAAAGGAUAUGGAAAACUAAGCAGUGAUGAAGACCUCGAAAUAAUUGUUGGUCAAAAGCAGGGAAAAGGCUCUAGGGCGGCCGAUAAGGCUGUUGCCAUGGUGAUGAAGGAGAUACCGAGGGAGGAGUCUGCUGAAGAAAAGCCCCUCCUUACUAUGACAUCACAGCUGGUGAAUGAACAGCAAGAAAGCAGACCCCUCCUGAGUCCCUCCAUCGAUGACUUUCUCUGUGAAACCAAAUCGGAGGCAAUAGCAAGGCCAGUAACGUCCAACACAGCUGUAUUGACCACAGGCUUAGAUCUCCUGGACCUGAGCGAACCCGUCUCACAAACCCAAACCAAAGUCAAGAGGUCGGAGGCCUCGUCGAAAACCUCAUCCCUCAAGAAGAAGGCUGACGGGUCUGAUCUAAUCGGUGCGGAUGCUGAGCAGAGGGGUCAGCCGCCUCGAGGCCCGGAGACGUCAUCCUUAGAUUUAGACAUUCAAACACAACUGGAAAAAUGGGAUGAGGUUAAGUUUCAUGGCGACCACAAGGGCCAUCCAAUGGCAGAGAGAAAAUCAUGCUCAUCUAGAACUGGUUCCAAAGAGCUGUUGUGGUCCUCAGAGCACAGAUCCCAGCCAGAGCUGAGCAGUGGGAAAAGCGCGCUGAACUCCGAGUCGGCCGAGUUGGAGCUAGUACCUCCCACGCAGGCUCGGCUGACCAAAGAGCAGCGCUGGGGAAGUGCCCUGCUCUCCAGAAACCACUCCUUAGAAGAGGAGUUUGAAAGGGCAAAAGCAGCAGUGGAGUCAGAUACAGAGUUUUGGGAUAAGAUGCAAGCAGAAUGGGAAGAAAUGGCCCGGAGGGACUGGAUAUCUGAGAACCAAGAAGCCCAGAACCAAGUUACCAUCUCCGCUAGCGAGAAGGGCUAUUACUUCCACACCGAAAACCCCUUCAAGGACUGGCCCGGCGCAUUUGAGGAAGGUUUGAAGAGGCUGAAGGAGGGGGACCUCCCAGUCACCAUCCUGUUCAUGGAGGCGGCCAUUCUUCAGGACCCUGGAGACGCAGAGGCAUGGCAGUUCCUCGGGAUAACCCAGGCAGAGAAUGAAAAUGAGCAAGCAGCGAUUGUCGCCCUCCAGAGGUGCUUAGAAUUGCAGCCCAAUAACUUGAAAGCUCUGAUGGCUUUGGCUGUGAGUUACACUAACACCGGCCAUCAGCAGGAUGCCUGCGAAGCUCUGAAGAAUUGGAUUAAGCAAAAUCCAAAGUACAAAUACCUUGUGAAGAGCAAGAAGGGAUCUCCAGGCCUCACGCGGAGGAUGUCCAAGUCUCCGGUUGAUAGCUCUGUUCUGGAAGGAGUGAAGGAAUUGUAUCUGGAAGCUGCCCAUCAAAAUGGAGAUGUGAUCGACCCAGAUCUGCAGACAGGUCUGGGGGUGCUGUUCCACCUGAGCGGGGAAUUUAAUAGAGCAAUUGAUGCUUUUAACGCUGCCUUAACUGUUCGACCAGAGGACUAUUCAUUAUGGAACCGUCUGGGGGCGACCUUGGCCAACGGAGACCGCAGCGAGGAAGCCGUGGAGGCCUACACGCGCGCGCUGGAGAUCCAGCCCGGCUUCAUCCGAUCCAGAUACAAUCUGGGCAUAAGCUGCAUCAACCUGGGCGCCUACAGAGAAGCAGUCAGCAAUUUUCUCACUGCCCUCAGUCUGCAGAGAAAGAGCCGGAAUCAACAGCAAGUUCCCCAUCCUGCCAUCUCUGGGAACAUCUGGUCUGCCCUCCGAAUCGCGCUCUCUCUGAUGGACCAACCAGAACUCUUCCAGGCGGCUAAUCUCGGUGACUUGGACGUCCUCCUGAGAGCUUUCAACUUGGAUCCUUGAAGGAAAAGGAAAAUAAUAACAAUAACCCUUUGCCUGUAUACAUCACUGAGAAACGCAAACCUAUUUAAUUUUUCAUUCCAAAAAGGUGAAACCAGACGUUCAAAAUGCCGUGGUGAUAAAACCCAAGGGAAUUCCCACAGACAAUGCCCAGGCUCUGUUUAGAUCCAAAAGCACAACAUGUUGUCUAGAGAGUCAAGGUCAGGCUCGAAAGAAGAAUGAAGAGGCUCAAGACAAACCGAGAUUAAGUGACUAUGUGAAUACUCUUUUCACAAGUUGCAAGCUUAUCUCAAAACAUCUUCGGGUUUUUGUCCCCACUGGUAGCUGAUGACACAUCUAAGGAACGUGCUCAUGGGACACCUGGAGAAAACACUGCCUCAGAUCAGGGAAUUCCAACUAUUUCUGAACUGUCCUCUGAAAUUCCCCCUUUCAGAAAGACUGAACAUAGUCUGGGCCAACGUGCAUGCACAAAUAUUAACUAAAGAGAGGCAUUGCUUAAACCUAUUCCAAUUUUAACUUCUACUGUAGCUUUUUGAUUCCAGAGAGGCUUUGCUGUCAAAAGCAGUUUUUGCACUAGAAACUUUUGCUGUUCCCAAUCAAAACUUUUUGGGGACUGUAUAUAUGCACUUUAAUAUCUUAUUUAUGCCUUGCUGGAGUUUUGUUUUGUUGCUCCAAUUUUUAACUUUGGGGUAAAAGAUUUGAGAACUCAGCCUUGUUAGAUCAGUGGACCAAAUAAAAAUUCCUGAAAAUAGUUUUUUCACAGGGUAGGAUUUUGAAGGAGUGUUUUUCUUAAAAGCAGGUAUGACGUAGGGUAUAAAUAUGCAAACACAGACCUUAUUCACAUGCUGUCUGGGACUGUGUGAAUUUAAGCAGGAGAUAAGAUACUGUGUCUUCAUGCAUUGUCUGCAGGGCAAACGUGUGAUGAUAUCAUGAUUUCUACUGAGUUAACAUUAACUUGUUUAAAUAUCAUAUUUUCCUCGCUCACUAGCUGUUCUGCACACUGAUAUUCCUUUUAAACUGCUAGCAUUUUAAAUAGUAUUUCUUAGGAGUGAUAAACACACGCGUCCUAACGAUUGUGUUUUCUUAGUUCUAUAAUAAUCUGCAUCGCUCACCCUUUUGCAUUCUAAGUGAGAGAGAUCAGUAUUUUCCAGCUGAAUCCCACUGAAUGGCAGAGGUUUCCUCGGAAAGACGUGUGGCCCUAGGGCUCGUUUGGAACAUUUAUCAACUUACCAGGACUUCCUGUUAGCAGUGGUGUUUUAUUUCAUUAAUUACAUUCCACUCGGUUCUUCGGAGUGUUUUGUGCUUGUUGGGGGCUUAGUGAUGGUUUGGACAGACAUAAUUUUUUAAAGGAUUAGAAAAGUUGUUUGUAAAAUGCUGCCCACAAUAUAGUUUCACCAAUGCCCAAUUCUGGUAAUUUGCCCCAGUAAGUUUUCUCAUUCCUCUUCAGUUUGUCUCCUUCCUUUCUCCAAGUCUUGCCCAGGGCACUCCGAUCCCAGCUUUCUUCACAUUCUUUGGUCAGUAAUGGGUGGUUAUACUAACGACUACAGCUACCAAGCAAAACAGCAUAUACAUGAAGACAGUGGAGUUGAUGGGGGAGUGAGCUUCUUUUUGUGAGAGGGGAUCCACGCCCACCCUGAACCAGAGGUGCAGGUGGAAGUUGUCCCCUCUGUUACAUUCGAGAUUCUUGACAUGGGGAGUGGUCUCAGGUGAACAUGAAAUGACAAAUCCUUGAGGCUUACACAUAUAGGGUGUCCAACCUGUGGCCCACA